AACGAUGGGAAGACUCGACGCUUGGGCCAGUCCCACUUCUUUUUUUAAGUUUCGUUUUCAGAGAAAGUGAAGUGAAAAGGGAAAGCGUGCAGUGAAGGAUAUGGCUGAAAAACAAGAUGCACCGUUUUCGAUAUCCUGCUCUAUUUGCUUGGACGUGUUGAAGAAGCCUGCGACUCUGCACUGCGGCCACAGCUUCUGCAUGGGCUGUGUGAAUAGCUACUGGGACCAGGAGCAUAAAAAAGGUAUUUACAGCUGUCCGCAGUGUAGAACCUCUUUCAGCCCAAGACCCGUGCUGAACAAGAACACAGUUCUGGCUGAUCUGAUAGAGAACAUGGCAGAGGCAGAGAGAGCCACCCCUCCUGGGACGGUUGAAAUCAGUCCAAGAGAAGUGGAGUGUGAUUUCUGCACUGUGAAGAAGCUGAAAGCUGUCAAAUCUUGCCUCGUGUGUCUGGCCUCUUACUGUGCCACACACUUACAGCCCCACUACGAGUCAGCUGCUUUCAAAAGGCACAAGCUGGUGGAAGUGUCAGGCUCCUUAGAAGAGAAGAUCUGCUCCAAGCAUGACAAGCUGCUGGAAGUCUACUGCCAAACUGAUGACCAAUGCAUUUGUCUUCUUUGUGUGAUGGAUGAGCACAACGGUCAUAGCACUGUCUCUGCUGCUGCAGCAAGAAAGGCCAAACAACAACAAUUUGGAAAGAAGAAACAACAAUACCAGAAAGAGAUUCAAAAUAAAGACAAGCAGCUGCGAGUUCUGAAACAGAAAAUGAAAGCAUUGCAGAGUUCUAGAGAUGCAGCACUUGAUCAAAAUGAGAAGGCCUAUGCUGAAAUUGUCAUGAUGGCAGACAAAAGGCGCUCUGCUGCGAAGGAGCUGAUCAUAGAUCAGGAGAAGGCUGCAGUGAGUCGAGCUGAGGCCCACGUGGAUGGACUUGAGAGGGAAAUCAGUGAUCUGAAGAAGAGAGAGGAUGAACUGAAGCAGCUGUCUCUGACUGGGGACCAUAUUCAUUUCCUCCAGCACUACAAGCCCUUGUUUGACUCCACUGAACCUGAUGCAUCCUCUGAUUUAAGUAUCCAACCACACACUUCUUUUGACUUUGUUACAAGAGCUGUUUCAGACUUAACAGAACAGAUGGAAAGCAUGGCACAGUCGAUUGAAGAACUCUGUGUGAAAAUUGACGUUGAUCUGAAUCCAAAGACCAGACAGGAGCUUUUAAUGUAUGUGUGCCUCCUCAGUUUGGAUCCCAACACUGCAUUUGAGAACCUGUUGCUGUCUGAAGGAAACAAAAAGCUGACCUGGAUUAAAAGAGCCCAGAAGUACCCAUUCCACCCAGACAGAUUCACCAAAUAUGACCAAGUUCUGUGCUCUGAGGGUUUGAGCUCAGUUUGCUACUGGGAGGUUGAGUGGAAGGGGCCCAGGGUUGAAGUUGCCAUGUGUUAUAAAGGAGCAAAGUUGGAGGAAAAUUCCUUUGGAUGCACUGACCAGUCCUGGUGCAUUUCUCUUUCAAAUGCUGGGUGCAGUUUCUGGCACAAUGAAGUUAAAACCAGAAUACAAGUUCCCUGUUCUUCUCCAGUGGGUGUGUAUCUGAACCACAAGGCAGGAAGCCUGUCCUUUUACAAUGUGUCUGAAACUGGUCGGAUGGAGCUCCUCCACAAAGUUCAGACCACAUUCAUCCAACCUUUGUACCCUGGCUUCAUGGUCUCCAGAGGAUCCUUCAUAAGGAUAAUCACACCAAGGUCUAGAGAGUAGGCUGUUAGAGUUGCAGAGAUUAAAAAAUAAAUAAAUAAAAUUAUAUAUAAUU